AUGGCCUCUCCGGGAGAAGAUGACGAUGAUCUCUUCGCAGACCAAGAAGUGGCGGCCAUACAACUGGAGGGCGAUUUCAAUGCAACAGAAGAAUGGGAUGCUACCCCCAGCGCUAAUGACAACGACAAUGGUGGUGGUGGUGGUCCGCAACUCCUCCCCCUCCCCUCCCAUGAUGGACAACUACUCAAGACCACACCAAGACAACAUGACAAUCCCCAGGCUACUGAUGUACCGCAGCCCACCCGUGACCUAAAACUCAGCCCAUUCAGUCACUGGCAAGCUUCCGAGGCUGUUCGGCAACAACGUCUUCGUCGACCAGAGCCCAUAUAUCCACCUGUUCAAGAUGCCACUUCGCAGGCGGCUGGCGUACAAGAUAUCUCUAUUGACCCGGCUCUUUAUGCACUCGGUCAAGAAACGGAUUCCCAGGCUGGUGGUCCGCCACAGCCUGCUCAACAACAAGACCUGAUAGACCCAUCGGCUCGAAAUCCCAAGCAAGAGGCGGCCCCUGAAACAAACAGCAACGGGAGUGACGGUAUUGUGCGGCAAUUCAUGCGCGGAAACGGGUUCUUCGAUUUCAAUAAUCUUGAUGGCGCUGACUUCGAUCCGAUAGAUAAUUAUAAUCUUCAAAAUCAGAUAAACCAAGAGCCCCAAGGUGGCCCGGUGCCAGCAGCAGCAGAGGGGGACAAUUCCCAUCCUCAAGUCCAUCCUGCCGCCUCCGCUGUCCCGGAACAACAACCACCUGCCCAAGUUCCGGGUCAGAACCCAGCUUUUGGUGGUAAUGACGCUGUUGAACAACAGAACAUAUUUAAUAAUAACCAGGAUCUCGGGAAUCAAGAUGUACGUCAGAUGUCCACUGUCUCUCAAAUGUCACUACCAGAAAGCAUUUCGGCUUAUUUACAGGACAAUCGACAAGGCGGUCCGGGGCCGGAGGCAGCAGCAGCAGACGGUUCUAAUAGUAACCAGAUCCAGCCCGCGACCUCUGCAGCUCCCGAACAAGCAGCACCUGUUGAUCACGGCGGGCAGCAAAACACAUUCAACAGUGAUCAUACCUUUGGUGGCGGUCCUGUCCCUACCCAUGGACAUCAGCCUAACCAGCAGGUGACUGCUUCUGAUUCAUGGGGUGCUGGCCAACAAGAUCAACAAUAUACUGGCCCACAAGCUUUUCCAGAAAUCGUUUUCCAACCAGCUUCUGAACCUCGAGAUCAGCAUUUUACCCAACCACAAGCUGCUCCAGGCGCUAUCCAACAACCUCAUUACGAAAAUCAGCACUUUGCCCAACCACAAGCCACUCCACAAGGCGCAGGUGGCUACGAAUAUCCUGAUCCCGAAAGACAACAAGUAAACCAGUCUAACAAUAGCGAAUGCCAGCCAUACGGUGGCGCACAAAUCGGUCAAGCGCAACAACCCGGUCAGGGACAAGGAGGCACAGGUGUGCGAAUUAACAACGGAGGUCAGCAGCAAGUCAACAACGGACAAGGAGGCGGCGGUGGUAGUGCUGGUGGCCAGCAUAACUACGAAGCCCAACCAUUCGAUAAUACACAAUACGGCCAAGAAGAAGCUUCCCAUGACCUCCUUAACUUGGGCGGUGCACAUGUUAGUCAGUUUCACAACCACUUCUAUCAACUCGACAAGGCACAAAAUGGCCAAGGGGGUACUGGUGGCUUCAACAACAACAACAACAACAACAACAACAACAACAACAACACCGGAUACCAUCAAGUCGGCGGUGCUCAGUAUGAUAACCGAGGCCAACAACUAAACGUUGCACAACACGACCAGGGAGGCGGUGGUGGUGGGGUUGGUGGUGGUGGUGGCCCAUAUCACAACGAAGGCCAGCAAUUCAACAAUUUACCAAGCGAUCAAGAAGUUGCCGCCAGCCUCCUUAACCUUCACAAUGGACAGCAACAACUGGGUGGUGCGCAAACUGGUCAUGGAGCCGGCGGUGGACAGUUUAACCAUGGAAGCCAGCAGACCACCCGUGCAAAUACCCCUCAAGUACUAGGAGGCAUGGGUGGGCAAUUUCACCCGCCAAUUCAGCAACCUGACCAGUUUAAUCAUGGAAGCCAGCAGACCACCCGCGCAAAUACUCCUCAAGUACAAGGAGGCAUGCCACCAGUUCAGCAACCUGACCAGUUCAACAACGGGAUGCAACACGGUCAAGGAGUUGGUGGUCCGUCCAACAAUGGUAGCCGGCAACCCAGCCGUGCACCAACUCCUCACGGAAACAUGGGCGACUACUUGGCCCCUGGAAAUCAACAAGUUAACCAAAACAAUGGCAUGCAACAAGGUCAGGGAGGGGGUAUUGCCCACCUGACUCCCAUACCCGAAGACCAACCGGUCAUUUGGCCGAAUGUUGCCGGAGGUGGGAAUCAGCACCCUCCCCCCGGGAAUCAACAGGUUCCCGGCCCGCAAUAUGGUGCAGGAGGUGUUGUCCAGCCUGCCACCGGGUACCAGCAAUUUGCCGGUUCACAAUUUGGUGGAGGAGGCCAAGCUCGCCUCGGAGCUCAAACACAACCUGUAUAUGGUAGUGUCAGUCCACAUGGCGUUCAGAGUAACAAUGGCGGUAUUCCAGAUCCUAAUCAGCUACCGGCCAUAGGUUCUGCUCCCCCAGAGCUACACCCGCCUCCGGUGGUGACUCCUCCCGUUUUCCCACCUGGCACUUUGCAACCAGAAAGGUGGGUAGCACCGGGCUCCGGCAACGAGGUAGUCAAGAUCCGAGGCACCAAGCUCCGCAACAAAAGUGGUGGUACCCAUCCCCAUCAGGUGUACUACUACAAAGCACACACACAAUCCUGGGGCACCGAGUACGAUGAACAGGGACGCCCGGCAACCUUGUUUUCCUACGCCAACAGCCAGCCGUUGGCCCGGGCCGAGUUGGUACACUCGAAACAAUACACAGCAUCGCAGCUUGGCCUGUUCUUCCGCGGCGAGGGCCAUCCCAACCGACCCAACAGGCACCUUACCUUGUGGAUUCAAAACAUGCCGCUCAUGGUCUCCGAUCGAUACGCGCAAGCCAAUGCCUCAAAAUGCAGGUAUAAGGAAUGCCCGAUACCCAAGGGCACAAUCACCAAGGGUUUCCACCGCGUCUGUCUCGACGAGCACUCGCUCCACACGGGCGACUACUACGACCCCUACAACAACGCCGGGUACAUGCACCUGUGGUGUUUCGAGAAGGCCUUCGACGCUGGCUACUUGAUCUCUACGAGUUCCGCAUCGAGGUCCGACGUUGCGCCACCACCGCUUUCGAAGAGAAAAAACGCCGCCCUUCUCUCAACCGCGACCACAACCCUGCACGACACGUUACCGGCAGUGGAAGAACGAGCAAUGGAACCGUUACGUCCAGAUACGGCACCAGGAAGCUGCCACCGGCCAGCGCCACGACCCGUUCCAGACUGUCGUCCCCAACGUCCCGCACGACAGGUGUCCUCUUGGAGAGUGCUGACGGAUAGGCACAUUGGUGACGAAGUUCCAGCUAGAGGAAAAGCCGAGCGCUGA